GAGUUUUCCUCUGAGCAGCAGGAGAGGAGCUGCAGUCUGGACCAGGACCAGGAGGACCCAGAGCCCCCACACAUUAAAGAGGAACAGGAGGAACCUUGGACCAGUCAGCAGGGAGAGCAGCUUCAGGGGCUGGAGGAGGCUGAUAUUACCAAGUUCACAUUCACUCCUGUCCCUGUGAAGAGUGAAGAAGAUGAAGAGAAACCUCAGUCCUCACAGCUUCAUCAAACACAAACUGAACAGAUGGAAACAGAAGCUGAUGGAGAGGACUGUGGAGGACCAGAACCAGACAGGAACUCUGAUCCAGAUCCACAUUUACAACCUGAUACUGCAGACUCUUCUGUACCUGAGACUGAUGACAGUGGUGAUUGGAAGGAGACCAGAGAACCUCAGUCAGGUUUGGACUGUUUGAAAAAAGAUGGCUACCCUGUCAGAGAUUCCUCGUUUCGUGCUGGUGAGAAACAAUUUAGCUGCUCUGAGUGUGGGAAAAGAUUUGGCGACAAGUACGAUCUGGAGAGACACAUGAGAAUCCACACAGGAGAGAAACCUUUCAGCUGCUCAGUUUGUGAGAAAACUUUUACACAGCGUGGAACUUUAAAGUCACACAUGAGACUCCACACAGGAGAGAGACCUUUCAGCUGCUCAGUUUGUAAGAAAACUUUUAAAGAGAGUAGACAUUUAAAGGAACACAUGAGACUCCACACAGGAGAGAGACCUUUCAGCUGCUCAGUUUGUAAGAAAACUUUUACACUGAGUGGAACUUUAAAGUCACACAUGAGACUCCACACAGGAGAGAGCCCGUUCAGCUGCUCAGUUUGUAAGAAACCUUUUACAGAGAAUAGACAUUUAAAGGCACACAUGAGACUCCACACAGGAGAGAGACCUUUCAGCUGCUCAGUUUGUCAGAAAACUUUUACACGGAGUGUUACAUUAAAGGAACACAUGAGACUCCACACAGGAGAGAGACCUUUCAGCUGCUCAGUUUGUAAGAAAACUUUUACACGGAGGGAUACUUUAAAGGAACACAUGAGACUCCACACCGGAGAGAGACCUUUCAGCUGCUCAGUUUGUAAGAAACCUUUUACACUGAGUGGAACUUUAAAGUCACACAUGAGACUCCACACAGGAGAGAGACCUUUCAGCUGCUCAGUUUGUCAGAAAACUUUUACACGGAGUGAUACUUUAAAGGAACACAUGAGACUCCACACAGGAGAGAGACCUUUCAGCUGCUCAGUUUGUAAGAAAACUUUUAAAGAGAGUAGACAUUUAAAGGAACACAUGAGACUCCACACAGGAGAGAGACCUUUCAGCUGCUCAGUUUGUAAGAAAACUUUUACAUGGAGUGGAUCUUUAAAGUCACACUUGAGACUCCACACAGGAUAGAGACCUUUCAGCUGCACAGUUUGUCAGAAAACUUUUACACAGAGGGAAACUUUAAAGGCACACAUGAGACUCCACACAGGAGAGAAACUUUUCAGCUGCUCAGUGUGUGCUUAAUCUUUUGCACAAAGUGGGCAUUUAAAGUCACACAUAAGACUCCACACAGGAGAGUAACCUUUCAUAAAUGUGCUGGCCGCUCAUCCUCAAAGUUUCAUCAAACUGAGAAGAACAAAGAGGCAGAGCCUCCAGCCAGUAGCCCACAUGAAGAGAUGUAAACCUCUUUUUCAAUUUUUUUGAAGGACUCGAAAAAGAUUUUCAAGUUCUUUUUAAAUGCUACAAAGCUUGUAGUAACUUUUCAUAAAUAUUUUUUUCUGUUUGUAUGACAUUUACCUACAAUAUAAUUAAACAAUACUUUCUUUUCCAUGAUGAGAUAUGAUUUUAAUUUCUUCCUUGUUUAUUUAUUUUUUUAUUUUUUUUAUAAAACAAAAGCUCACAAACUGAUAUUUUAAUUCAAUAUUUGAUUAUAGAAGUGUAAAAAUUGCAACUUUUUUUUUUUACACAGCAGAACAAAAU